CUUUACCGACAUUUCCGCGUUAGGCAGCGUGCACCGACCACCCGAUGACAUCGCCGGCAGAUGGCACUGAGAGCGUUGCAGCACCCCUGCCCGGCGAAACGCACUACAGCCGGGAUGCCGAGCUCGAUGAGAGAUUUUACGACGGUGUCGAGACCGCGUUCGUCUCUGAUAUCACGGGCAUCAAGGACCCGGAUGAGCUGAAGAGACACGUCCUCCAGGUCCAGCGUGAGGUUUAUGCGAUUCACCCGUACCCCUGUAUUCGGCUUUGCAACUUCGUGAAAGUGAAGAUAUCUCGCUUCCCCAUCUACAAGGACCUCCUGCAGCUCGGGAGGGAACGCCCGGGCGUGCUAUUUCUCGACGUUGGCUGCGGUGUUGGCCAUGACACUAGGAAGGUUGUCUUGGACGGAUUCCCAGCCAAUCAAAUCAUCGCCUCGGACCUCCAUCCUGAGUUCUGGGGCAUAGGCCACAAAGUGUUCAAAUCCACGCCCGAGUCAUUCCCGGUCAAGUUCAUUGCAAGUGAUGCCUUCGACGACACCUUCCUCACAUACAGUGGAAUCAUUGCGACCUUGAAGUCUUUGGAUACCCCGGCAGCGGGCAGUGAGCAACCAGUGGACCUGUCUGCCCUGACCUCGCUCACACCGCUCCGCGGGAGAGUUUCGGUGAUUUAUGCCUCUUCGUUCUUCCACCUCUUCGACGGGGAGCGCCAGAGCGAGCUCGCAAGCCGCCUUGCGUCGCUACUCGUACCCGCGCCGGGCUCGUUCAUCUUCGGGUCACAUAUCGGGAGGCCCGAGAAGGGCCUGCGUGUCAUGAAUAUUACACAAUCCGGAUGGUUCUCCCGGAUUCCAUGGUAUUCUUUCACUUUCUAUACACCUCCGUAUAUUCGUAGGAUAUUCUAG